UUUCAUUUUGCUUAGGUGGGAUUCUUUUUGUGGCUUUUUUUUCUGGCAUUCGGGCAUCUUGUGAGAGAGAGAGAGCCAAGCAAGUCUUUUGCACAAUUUUGGUUUCCAAAAUUUGAAAAAAGACAAACAGGAAAUGAUAAAGAACCAAAGCUUCUCAGAAGGUGCCUAUCAGCAACGUCGAAGUUGGUUUGAGUAUCUCGGUAAUUGGGUAAAGCUGACACGAAAGAACAUCGAACAGCUUGAUUUGGAGAAGGCAGCUUCCGAAUUCACGCAAACAUCCUUCCUGGGUAGAUUUAUAUGGUUUCUUCCACUUUCCGAGCAAAACCUCUUUAAUAGCUUGAAACUGACAAAGAAAUGCCUCCUGGACUUUGGUUGUUUGUCGCAAAAGAGCGAUGCUGUGUUGUCGUGCAUAUUGUAUGCCUUGAGUUCCAUACUCUUAACUUUGUGCAACAAACACGUAUUUUCGUCUCAAAAAUUCGACUAUCCUUGGUGCAGCUUGGGUUUUCAGAUGCUAACAGCUGCUAUAUUCGUGUUGUUUUUGGGAAGUUGGGGAAUGAUUGACUUUGCUGGUUUUGAUAAGGAACUUUUCAUACGACUUAUUAUUCCUAAUCUCGGAUUCGUGGGAUUUCUUUUCUCUGGCUCAAGAUCUCUUCGAUAUGUAAGAAUACCAAUGUUAUCAGUGCUAAAAUCUUUGGCUCCAGUCGGUAUCGCAGUCUUUGAGUCCGUAUAUUAUCAAGAAAUGCUUUCCAUGUGCAUGUUAGCUUCUUUCAUUAUGAUGAUUAUUGGAAACAUUAUUGCUGGAUAUAAUGAUAUAACUUUUUCCUUUUGGGGAUAUGUUUGGGCAGUUUUGAAUGUUCUUUGCAACAUUAUAUACGUUGGUACUACUCGUGUAUUUAUGCCAAAAGAGAAAAAGUACUCAAGUUGGUCAAAAGUUUAUCACAACUCAAUUCUCUCUUUGUUCUGGAUGACUAUUUUGGCAUUUAUUUGUGGAGAGUGGACUGAUUUUGGCUCCAGUUUUGUUUCUAGCUCGACAACUUUCAAAUUGUCGUUUGUGAUGUCUGGAAUCCUCGGAAUUGGUAUCAGUGCUGCUUCAUUUUACUGUAUUGCUUCUACAAGUGGGACUACUUUCAGCUUUGUAGGAAGUGUGAACAAGGUGCCAGUAAUUCUUUUAGGUUGGCUCAUUUUUGACACGGAAAUCAGUUUUGGUUCCUGGGUUGGAGUUGCCAUUGGUCUCUUUGCUAGUUUUCUUUUUACCUAUGCGAAUACUCGUACCACCAAAAGUUCUUGUCGACAUAAGAAGGUUCCCUCCUCUUCUAGUGCUAUGACAAGUACCGAAACAUACGCUAGAGUUUUAUCAGAAGAAGAAAGAGAACAGCCUGAAAUGAGUUGUGGAAAGCUGUAUUUUAAUGAAACGAAUAGUUGCAAAGAAUUGAAUGUAUUGUCCAAUUUCAAUCAGUCGACAAAUGACGUGAAAUAAACGAAUUGAAUAUUGUUCUUUAUAAAAAUAUUUUCAUAGUU